AAACAUUGCUACUGGUUUGGAACGUGUUAACUGGGCGGAGAAAAACAGCUGUUGAUAUUAUGAGUCAUCAUCCCACAGUUUCUUGUAUUCCUAACACAGGCAAAAUGUCGAAAGCAAAAAAAGUGAUUGAAGAAGCAAAAGAAAUUAAUAACCCUGAAAUAGAUUUGGUGGAUAAGGGCAUAUCAAGCCUCGACGAGAUACCAAGCUUGUUCACUCUUGAGAACAUAACUCGUCUCUCCCUCAGUCACAAUAAGAUACAAGUGGUGCCUGCAGCUCUUGCUAACCUUGUCAACUUGGAGAUCCUGAAUCUCGCCAACAAUCACAUCCAAGAGUUACCAGUCAGUUUAUCGUCACUGCCCAAGCUACGGAUACUCAAUGUGUCCCUUAACAGGCUUUACACCCUGCCGAGAGGGUUUGGAUCAUUCCCUGUGCUGGAAAUCUUGGACUUGACAUACAAUAAUCUCAAUGAGAAAACAUUGUCUGGAAAUUUCUUUAUAAUGGACAGUCUCCGUGCAUUGUACUUGGGUGACAAUGAUUUCGAAUUUCUACCACCUGAAAUUGGAAACCUGAAGAAUUUGCAAAUUCUAUCAAUGCGAGAAAACGACCUUAUCGAAGUACCACGAGAGCUGGGGCAGUUAUCGCGACUCCGAGAGUUGCAUCUGCAAGGCAAUAGGCUGGUGGUACUGCCUCCUGAAAUCGGAUCACUGGACCUAGCCAGCAAUAAAUCCGUGUUGCGAUUGGAGGGUAACUUCUGGGUACCGCCAAUAGAAGAUCAGCUGAAGCUGGGACCAUCUCAUGUGCUGGACUACUUGCGAUCUGAGACUUAUAAAGUACUGUACAGCCGUCACAUGUCGGCCAAACCGCCGCCGCCUGCGCAAACUCUAGACAAGAGCAAGAAAGCGAGCCGCGCCGCCUAACAUCUAACAAGUGUCAUCAGUUCAUACAUUAGCCAAAAAUAAUUGAGACUAAAUGAAGAUUAGAAUUUCUAAUAUAAACUAAUGUGACUAAAGAGAUUUAUAAAGAAAAAUAACCUUUAAAACCACAUUAGUUUUGACUAAAAAUAUUUCGUCAAUUUCUAAUAGACAAGAGAAUAAUUAGUUUUAAGGCUUACUAAAAUAGAAGAUUGUGUGCAAUACAAGUGUAUGCGACAUUAAAUUAUAUUUUACUCAGUUUAGUUUUAGUCAUGACUACAUUAUGUAACCUGCAUUUAAAUACAAAGAGAGGAAAGCUAUAAAUUUUUAAAUAAAAAUAGUGAAUAUA